AUGAGCGACUGGGCGCCUGGAAUGCGAUUUGUGGUCACCGUAGGGAUAGGUGUAGAGCCGUACGAGGUGUCGGGCGAUGAGGCAAUCCAGGGCCGCGAGAAAACUGAAUUCCCACACUCGCACUCUCCACGGGCGAUCGAGCGCAGCGCGCUUGUGAAGCAAUUUGACGCCUGGCUGCCAAUCAUCUUCUCCAGAGACAACGUCAGGAUGACAAGAGGAAGGAGGCCCAAUCUCGAGCUCGAGCCGACACGCUCAUUGCAGACACAGCGUGCUUUCAGAGAACGCAAGCGAAAGCACUUGGCCGACCUGGAAGCGGCGUAUGCAAAUCUCAAGGAGGAGAACACAUCAUUCAGGCAAGCACUGGGGAUACCUUGCGAAGAUGCUGGCAUUCCAUCAGAGUCACAGCAAACCGCAUCGAGCUCAAGCUCAAACGUCACAGACGAAUGCUCCUCGAAACGGAAACGUCUAUCAUCCACUGCUUCGAACGCCACUGCAUCAAAUGUACCGACCUCAGAGCCCUCGCCACCGGCAACAGUGGCGACUGUCAUGAGCAACGCUGCACUCGCAGCCUUGGCCGACAUCGAUGUGCCCGCCUUGCUUUCCAACAUGUCGACGCAAGAUCGACAGCAGCUCGAGAAUAUCGCCAGGCAAUUGCAAGGAAAAAUCACGCUUCUUCAGCAACACUUAGCAGGUCUAAGGACUGCAAUAGCACACGGGCACAACCGUGUGAACAACGUGGCCGUCGCAGCGGCCAUGGGCUUCGAAGGCUGCAGGCGCACACCAUCCUCCCACACGCACAUGCGAGCGCCAUUAACUCCCCAAGUUUCCGAUGCUGCAUCGCGAUAUGGAGUCUUGCCAAGCACGACAAAUUCACCGAUGAAUGGCAGCUUGCUUAAUGACUCGCCCGCAAUGAUUGCCGACGGCCCCUCCCCAUCCCUGUACCACUCGCCCGCCAUGCCGUACCUCAGUGGUGCCAGAGGAGUCCCUGCCAUCGGCCCAACCGCUGCAGCAGACUCAGUUGCACUCUCGGCGUUCCCAGGACGCGGUCCGACUGGUCGAUCGCAGUCUUUGCAUAUGGGGUAUGCACCUGCCAUAGAUGCAGUCAAUGGCUUCCUACCUUGCCGCCAAGCUGGCUUGUAUGCGCAUCACCCGCAUCCUCCUUCGCAGGCCGACGACGUACAAGGGCAUUACCUCUCGUCGAUCUACCAACAGGCAGCACACACCGAGAUGAUGUCACCGCCGGUGGCGACAUGGAUACACCAGACACCGCACCCACAUCAGUAUCCGAAUCAAGAUCGGCAGCAUCAACCUCAGAACCUGCUACAGCCCCCGCCGCCGUCACAGCAGCAACAAGGUCUUCAGUACUUGCGUACGCCCGCAGAUGAUCAGUACGCAAGCUAUCUUUUGCGUGCACAGCCUCACACAAGGCAUUCGGGUCAGAAUGUCGCGCACACGAGCUCCAGCUCCGGCGGUUCUAUUCAGCCGAGCCCAGAGCAGCAGGAUAUAAAGCAACGCUCAGCCCCGCAGCUGCUCCAUCGAGAUAUCGGUAGCGCACCAACAGUCACCUCGCAGCAGUUGCCUCGUCUGGAUCAUGCAGAAAUGCAAGGGCCUGCCGCGGAUGAGCGGCGAGCAAAGCGCGAACAGAGCCCUCCGUUGCUGAGCAGUCUGGGCGACGCGGUCGACAGCGAGGGCGAGGGCGCCAUGGACUCCCGCGCAGGCAGCGAGGGUGACGUCGACGGUGGCCGGAGCUGCGAUCUUCCUCCCAUCCAUUGCAGCGCCAGCACAGGCGGUGCAUGCUGCAAGAAGGCAGAUUCAGCGCUUUGA